AUGCAGUACGCAGAGCGCUACAGGCUCCGUAUAACGGCCACUACCGCGAACUUUGACAUAGCGAAAAACACAGUCAUCGAUAGGAACGGUCGCCGCGACACUAUCUCCAUCGACCGUACGAAACCAGCUUACGUCGACCCAACAUCCUUUUCGGCAACCCCUGCCAAUCCGAGGGCCACGGACACUACCACCCCCAUGGCCCCCGCCACAUUGUCAACGACCCCAGGUUCGACAAUUACUCCCACCCCGGCCACACUACCCUCCAAUUAUGGAACGCCUCCACUGCGUUCCGCUUUAGCUGGUUCAAACCCCAGAACCACGCGUAUCGGCCGUUCAGUCCGUAUUACAACUCGUUUUGUGGAAUGUUUUUAUUACUAA